AUGCAGGUCGAUCCAGUUGCCGUUGCUGACGUGCCGCCGCCUCCACCUGGCCGUCCCCGUGACGUCGCCCUCCGCAUCAGCCAGGUCGUCUCGGCCUGCUCGUUUUGCAAGUCGCGCAAGAUCAAGUGCGACGGCGGCGUGCCCGCGUGCGGCUGCUGCAUCAAAUUUGGACGCGCUGGCACCUGUUCGCUGGCCGACGGAUCAGCACGGCCGGCGCACGACUACGUGAUGUUUCUGCAGGGCCGGAUUGCCGAGGUGAAGACGCGGCUCGCGGGGCUGCGAACGGACGGGCCGAGCGGGCCAACGGGGCCGGUGCUGCCAGGGGCCCGGAUGGAGGCGUCCCACGCACCGUCACAGACGCCGUUUGACUUCAAUGCGUCCUCGGCAGAUCUGCCAACCGCCGGAUUUCCGUCGAUGGACGCUCCACGACGGCGGCCACGGCCACGGCCACGACCGCCGCCGCCGCCGCUCUCUGGCUCUGCCGGGUCGUCGGGGGCAGCCGCCAUCGACACGUUGAUUGCCGACAUAGGCGCCCUGCCCAUCUCCACCUCGUCGCACGCCCACGCGAGCGCAGCCUCCGCAGAGGGCCGAGGACCGACCCUGUCGACGGUGCUCUUGGCGGCCGCCAGCAAGCUGCCGCUGCUGUCUAUCGUCGACCCAGAGACGGGCCGUGCGAGCGGAGGCGCGGCCGCCGCCCAGGCCAGCGUCGCCAGCUGCCUGCCCGACGAAUCGGCGGCACGCAAGCUGAUCCAGCAUUACAUCCAGCAGGUCUACCCGCGGCUGCCCUUUUUCUCGCUGCAGGGCUUCUGGGCGCAGUUCCAGCAGGUGUACGGCGGCCAUGCGCGUGCGGGCAGCAGUACAGGCGGCAGUGUGAGUGGCAGCGCGGCCGACCCAACGACCAACAGCACCAACAGCACCAACAGCACCAACAGUAGUGGGCCGACGCUCGACGCGGGCUACUCGUACUUUACCGUGCUGCUGGUGCUGGCCAUUGCCACGUCGAGCCUCUCGCGCAGCGCCGACAGCAUGAUCUCCAACCAGGCGCGCCGGCUGUUCCAGGCCGGCCUGCAGUUCCGCGAGUCGGCCAUUCUGCCCAACACGAUUGUCGGCGUGCAGUCGCUCCUGUUCCUCAUCCAGUUUGCCACGCUCAACCCGUCCGUCCUCGACGCGUGGUACCUGAUUGGCGUCGGCAUGCGCAACUGCGUGGACCUGGGGCUGCACCAGGACCCGGACCCGGCCGUCGCCGCCACGACGCCGCCCAGCCUGCUGGAGACGCGGCGGCGGCUCUGGUGGAGCAUGUAUUCGUUUGACCGGUCGCUGAGCAUCGGCUGUGGGCGGCCUACGGAAAUUGCCGACGCCCUGAUCCACGUGCCGCUGCCGUCGUUUCGCAUCGAGAGCACGGCGACGGCCGUGGAGGUCGAGGGCUACGUGCAGCGGUACCGGGCGCUGCAGCUGCAGUCGGAAAUCUACGACGCCUUGAGCCAGCCGCCGACGGGCGACGAUGGCGACGACGAUGGCGUCGCCAGCCAAAACGCGGCGGCCGUCGUCGACGCCCUCGCGCGCAAACUCGACGCGUGGCAGCUCUCCAACCGCCCCGAGCGCAACCGCGAGACGCUGGCCGACAGCGAGUGGCUCGUCGGCAAGAUGCUCCUGUUCCGCCCCUGCCGCCUGCUGCCGGAGCGCAGCGUCGACGCCCUGCGCGAGCUCUGGGUCUCGGCCCGCGGGUUCACCGCGCUGUACCGCCAGCUGGUCGAGACGAACGGCAUCUUUUACGUGCAGGUGGCCUGCGAGAAGGUCUACUGGACGGGGCUGGUGCUGCUGUACGCCUACUGGAAGCUGACGUGCACGCUGACGCCGACGGCGACGCGCGGCGAGAGAGACGACGUCCACGCUCUGCACCUCUGGAAGACCACCAAGGACAUUGCGCUGAUCCUGCAGACGCUGGGCGAGCGCUGGGAGGACGGCAAGAUCCUGGCGGCGCGGUUUGAUACGGUCAGUGCGCGGGUCAUUGAAUUGCUGGACGGCGGCGCGGGGACGGAGGACAUGGACAUGGACCUGGCGAAGCGAAUGCCGCCCGAAGUGGUGACGCUCAGCCGGUAUGCCAGCCUCGUGAGCAUCUGGGCCGCGGGGGCGACGCAUGGGCACGGCGGACUAGGAGCGGCCCACAGUGAAGAGCUGCAGGACUUGGUAGCCAAGAUGAUUUGA